CAGUUGCCUUAGCUGCCUGAAUGAUGCUACUGAGGGACGGCGAUUGCUGUACGAUACACACAUGUUUGCAAGUAAGCAUUUUGGCCGACAGGAGGUUGCUGUUGGUUUGAGUAUCGAGUUUUGACGUGCGCCUAAUGCUUAUGACAGUUACUACUGUUUGAUUUAGUCUGUGUAAGUCAGCACGGUAGGUCGGGCGCCCAUCACUUGACUAAACUUCACACAGCUCACGUAACGGCGACACCAUUGAGUGAAUGCCGGGAUAUGGAAGCCGUUAUUGCAAGCAUUAGGCGUCUUGACCAAUGAUUAGCCCAUAGAGUGUAGGGCUUUGCUUUCCCGCGCGCGCGACACCUUUCAGCUUUAGGAAAGCUGCCCCCUUGCCGCUUAUCGGUCAUGUCAAUGAGUCAUGUGGACAAGGGUAGCAGACCUUCGUUCAAGCUCCUAUGUUCGUACAUAGUUCUUUCGUUGCUCAUCUCCCGGACGACAUCCAGCGAAACACUGCUGCGCGAAGGCGUCGCAUUGCCGGAGAACUGGCUGGACAUCCUCCAAGAACCAGAUGGCACCUCACAGCUGGCUGCCGCUAUUCAUGAAGCAUCAGCCUCAACCGCGACCGCAAACCAACGAACGUCGUUGCCACAACCGCCACCGCCUCCGUCCCCUGCGCCGUACACCGUGCUGACUGCCACUGUGAAGGCCGUUGCCACAACCGCCGCACCCGCCAAACGGAAGUCACCGCCACCACCAACCCCGCCCCCGCCUCCCUCGCCUUACCCUAAGGCUCCCCGCUCCCCUCCAUCUUCACGACCAUCCCCACCUCCUCCCACUCCGCCGCCCUCGCCGCCGAAGUCAGUCGCCAAACGCCGACCACCACCUCCCAAGCAGCCUCUCUCACCUCCCUCUCCACCCCUCACUCCCGCCAUGCCUCCGCCAAAAUCCAAAACCAAGCGCCCUCCGCCCCCACCCCCUUCACCCCCUCCAGCCCUCCGGCCUCCGCCCCUCCAGCCCCCAACCACACCGCCUCCACCUUCCCCGUCUCCUCCUCCUCCUCCUCCUUCAUCACCAUCACCACCGGUACACACGUCAUACCCGCCUCCACCUCCUACCUCAUUCUCUCCGCCAUCCCAACCCCCAUCCCAGGCCCCCCAUGCGCCUCCCACGCCGCCCCCCAAGGCGUCUCGCAGCCCUAGAUUCCGGUCGCCGCCGCCCGGCCUCCCGCUGCUGCCGCCCCAGUCGCCGCCCUCGUCUCCCUCGCCUCCCGCACAGCCCGCUGCACCGCUGGAAUACCAGCUAGACUGGGCCUCCUACCCCUCCUUUGAGGCCAUCUCGCUGUUCUUGGCUAAAACCGCGGAGUUCAGUCGCGGGCGCUGUUCCCUGUCUAGUCUGGGCAAAAGUGUGGAGGGUCGCGAGCUGUGGCUGGUGGCCGUUGGAAACGCCUCCGCGCCCGCCUACCCCGACCCGCUGCGUCCCUCGCUGCCCUUCGCCAAGCCCAAAGUCGCGUACAUUGGCAACAUGCACGGGGACGAGAAGGUCAACCUGCUGCUGCUGUUGCAGCUGGUAGGCGAGUUAUGUGGCGACACAGCCGCGGAUAGCAGACUGCAGGCCCUGGUGGAGAGCACGAUGAUCUACAUCGUCCCCUCCAUGAACCCCGACGGCUACACGAACUCCUACCGUUGGAACGCCCGCGGUAUCGACCUCAACCGCAACGCCCUCACCCAGGACUUCCCGUUUGCUCGGCCCACGCUGAAGGACGUCGCGGGGGGCAGCAGCUACAGCGAAGCCGCCUACUUCCUGUCCGUCGGGGGCACAAGCAUGGAGCCUGAAACCGAGGCGGUUACCUCCUGGCUGGCCGCCCUGCGCCCCACCGUGAGCGCCAACCUGCAUGGCGGGGCGCUGGUGGCGGGCUACACUCUGGACGCAUGUGACACGAUGGGCCUCAACAUGGACUGUGACAGCCCCGAGAGCCCGCUGCCCGGCUUCCUGGCCAACGCCUACGCCAUGAACCACCCGCGCAUGCCGGCCGUGAGGCGCGAUAGCAACGGCUUGGGGGACUUUGUGAACGGAACCACACAGGGGGCAAGUUGGUACACCGCGCUGGGCACGCUGGCGGACUGGGUGCACCACGCACUGCGGCUGCACAUGCUCACAUUGGAGUUGCACGCCAACAAGAUGCCUUCACCUGCCUCCACCAACUUCCCAACCCUGUAUGCCAACAACCGGGCCUCCUUCCUGCGCCUGGCUGAGAUGGCCCACUCGGGCCUCCGGGCGCGGCUGCUGGACGCUGUCAGCGGGCAGCCGCUGCUCGCUAAUGCCACACUGCAGAGUCCGCCGGGCAUGUGGGCGCCGCAGGUGGAGCCCGAUGGCCUGAUCUGGAAGCUGGGAACCCCCAACUUGCAGUACAACGGAACCCUUCUGCCGUACAAUCCUGCAAACACCUCCAUCCGUUACGCGCCGGUGCCGUUUUCCUUUCGAGUGGCGGUUGGGUGGGACGAUGCAGUGAACGGGGAGGGCCUGUCGGGUCUGUCUGUGGUGCAGACUUUCCUUGCUCAAAGGCUGGGCUGACUGGAUAGCGGUGGGUAGCGGAGUAGCGACGUGUUUGUGAUUGUGUGUGCUGCAGCACAUUCACUGCACCUCUUCAUCUUCCGGCAAUUACAGUACGUUUCUAUUCGAGGCCAGUUUUCUUCAUACACUGCGGCGUCAGUUGUGCGGAUUAGGGGAGGAUUAGGAAAGGCAGCCAGCAUACCGUGUACACGCAGGAAGCCUUUUGCACAUACAGAUUGGAGCUCAGGUGCUGUGUCCUCCCUGGUCUUGACACCUGGGUUAUUCUUUUACAGCGAUCUUUUUCUUUCUAGCGCAUCCUAGGGUUGUGUGUGCCUAAGGAUGAAUGUAUAUAGCGUUCCCUGGUGUGUUUGAGAUGAUUGGGGUUCAGAGAUAUGCUAAAAGUUAGGAGUUGACGACCUGGACAAAAGUUAGUUUAGCUGGUUGGCAACAAGCUGGUGGCUUUUUGAGGUGCCGCGUUUGGGCGCAGGCAGGAAGUCAAAAGCACUGCCAAGGCUGCAUUGUGGACCGCUGUUGGCAGCUCCUCAGGAGAAGAAAGAAGGGCCCCAUGCGAUGCAACAGCAUGCGUGCAGGGAUUGUGGAGGGGAAAGAUUAAACAAGUAAAGGGAGGGG